UCUUCAGUAUUAAGCAACUAUCAAUUUUAGCGCUAAUUUCCUCUUGCAUGGCUAGAUUUAGCAGGAAUAAGCAGCUUUAUGGUGUGUUUUGUUUGUUUUUAGGAAGAAGUGCUCUGGCACUUCUACAAAGAGAAACAAUAUUUUGAGGUCUCCUUUAAACUGACCGCUGACCCAAAUCAAUGAUUAACUCUCAUUUAACCCCAUUUUGAAUGGCUGUCGACAUGUUUUUAAUAUCUCUAAUUUCUGUCACAAAUACAUUUUUUGAUAUAUGACUAGACUCUUAUAUUUAGAACCCAACCACUUAGAGUUCACACUGCUUGGUGGUCUAUAAGUGAAAGUGUCUGUAGGUAUAAAUAAUUCUUGUUUAAAUGCCCUUUGCUCUGAAAACCUGUGAAAAUGAUCUAUUGCAGGAAGUCAUUUAAAUUAACAGUUCUCUGAAACCAUCCUUGGAAGAGGGCUGGACUAGGAGCCCUCAGCCUCCGCGUCUUCUUGGGAAGCUCCCUAUUGGUUCUCUGAAAACUGAAGUCCUCUCCUUCUCUGAAGGAGAUUUAGAUGACUACAAAUCCCAGCCUCCGAGGAGAGAGGAGGUUCCAGAGGCUCCGUUCCGUCUGAUCACCCUCCAGAGAAGAUCCCGAUCAGUGGGAGUUUAGCGCAGCCAAGCGACAGGCAGAAGGCACGUCUCCAGCAACAGGAGCUGGGCUGGGCGAGUCAAGCGGGCGGGCGGGGAUAACUUUGCCUCUUCUAACAGAACCCUUUACUACCCAGUAGCACCAGCAUUCCACCAAGGAAAGAGUGGCAGCGGGCAGAAAGGAGAAAAGCAAGAAAGGGAAGUCAUGUAAAGGAAAAUGAAGCGAGCACGAGGUGAGAGAACAGCAGCCUGUGCAGGGGCAAGGUGGAUUCGGCUUCCCUUUUCCUUCAGGAAGGGGGUGAAUUUACCUCAGGGCUGCCUCGGGAAUUAUCCAGGUCCAGAUGUUGCCAGAAAGGAACAAUAAAGAGGGAGAUUCGGGGUUGAUUAUUUUCCUGCUCCCAUUUCCCCAGGAUCACCGGUUGUAAGUUCUUAGACGUUCAGUUGCCGAGAUUCUGUUUUUGCCUUCGAUGUUGUUGAUUUAAGAUUCACAUCCAUCCAUCCUGCUGUCGGCUUGUCCCAGCAGCCCUGGAGGUUGAGAGACGCCUUGGGCUGAGUUCUCCAAAGAGCUGUGGAUGGGGCAGGUCCGGCUGACGGAAUGCCUGGGCAGUGAAAGGUGCUUUGGAGGUGCUGUGGUAGCCGGGGGCUGAGAGAUGUAAGGGGCGACAAGGAAAGGGAGGAGGUGGUGGAGAGCGGCUCCGGGAGCCACCCGGCUCUAGACGAAAGCGGCCCAAAGUGACUGCCUGGAGGAUCCGCGACAACUUUUAUGGCUGGGAAAGUGGUCGAGGAGGAUCUGGCUGCUCCACCUCGAUGAGGAAGGGGCCAAGCCCUUAGAGUUAGAUUCUAAGUGGACUAAACUCAGAUUCUCUGGAAUUCUCCUUUUCUGGAGACAUCGGAGGGGGGGCGUCGCUUUCCCUGGGGCGCCCCGGAUUUCCCGCUUCGGGUCUCAGUAAUGAGGAGACUGAGUUUGUGGUGGCUUCUGAGCAGGAUCUGUCUGCUGCUGCUGCCGCCCUGUGCGCUCGUCCUGGCCAGGGUCCCCGGCUCCUCAUCCCACCCGCAACCCUGUCAGAUUCUCAAGCGCAUCGGGCACACAGUGCGGAUCGGGGCAGUCCACCUGCAACCCUGGACUACAGCCACCCACACCACCACCAGCAGUGGACAAGGCUGGAGCGGGGCGAGGGGGCAACGUAAUGACAUCUACCCCGGGGGCGCCACGGCGCCCGUCACAGCUAGGAAAACUGCAGGAGCCCUGGACGGCCAGGCCAGGGCGGAGGCUGAGGCGGUGGCUGCAGUGGCAUCGGCAGAGGCAGAUGGUAGAAGUUGGAGGACCAGGGCCCCCUCUUCCGUCGGAGGGGCGGAGGCGCCAAGCCGCUGGAUUGGGAGCGCCCUGCCCAGCAGAGGGGCUGGACUGCCAAGAGGCGCGGGCGAGUCUACGCUCUUUCCGCGGGAUGCUCUCCUCUUCGCUGUGGAGAACCUGAAUCGUAUGUCGGGACUAUUGCCUUACAACCUGUCUCUGGAAGUGGUGAUGGCGAUUGAGGCAGGGCUCGGGGACCUCCCUCUCCUGCCCUUCUCGUCCCCGAGCUCGGCCUGGAGCAGCGACCCCGUCUCCUUCCUGCAGAGCGUGUGCCACACCGUAGUGGUACAAGGGGUGUCAGCGUUGCUUGCCUUUCCCCAAAGCCAGGGGGAGAUGUUGGAGCUCGAGUUCAUCAGUUCCGUCUUACACAUCCCAGUAAUCAGUAUAGUGCGCUACGAAUUUCCUCGGAAGAGUCAGAAUCCCCUUCACCUACAGCUGAGUUUAGAAAAUUCAUUAAGUUCUGAUGCUGAUGUCACUGUCUCAAUCCUGACCAUGAACAACUGGUACAAUUUCAGCUUGCUGCUAUGCCAGGAAGACUGGAACAUCACGGAUUUCCUCUUCCUCACCCAGCAGAGUGCCAAGUUCCACCUGGGAUCCAUUAUCAAUAUCACAGCCAACCUCUCCUCAAGACAAGAUCUACUGAGCUUCUUGCAAGUCCAACUUGAGAGCAUUAAGGACACUACACCCACCAUGGUGAUGUUUGGCUGUGACAUGGAAAGCAUACGGAGAAUUUUUGAAAUCACCACCCAAUUUGGAGGGAUGCCUUUGGAGCUCCACUGGGUUCUUGGGGAUUCCCAAAAUGUAGAGGAACUAAGAACAGAAGGUCUGCCUCUGGGCCUCAUUGCUCAUGGCAAGACCACCCAGUCUAUCUUUGAACAUUAUGUGCAGGAUGCAAUGGAACUGGUAGCAAGGGCCAUUGCCACAGCCACUAUGGUCCAGCCAGAACUUGCACUCAUUCCCAGUACCAUGAACUGCAUGGAUGAGGGAGUCACCAAUCUCACUUCAGGGCAAUAUUUAUCAAGGUUUCUAGCCAACACUACUUUCAGGGGCCUCAGUGGUUCCAUCAAGGUGAAAGAAUCCACCAUCCUAAGCUCCGAAAACAACUUUUUCAUCUGGAAUCUACAGCAUGACCCAGUAGGGAAGCCAAUGUGGACCCGCCUGGGCAGCUGGCAGGGAGGGAAGAUCGUCAUGGAUUAUGGGAUAUGGCCAGAACAAGCCCAAAGGCACAGAACCAACUUUCAACAUCCUGCCCGGCUACAUCUGAGAGUGGUCACCCUGAUUGAGCAUCCAUUUGUCUUCACACGUCAAGUAGAUGAUGAUGGUCUGUGUCCCGCUGGUCAGCUCUGCCUGGACCCACUGACAAACAACUCCUCCAUAUUGGAUGGUCUUUUUGACAGCCUCCAAGGUGAUAAUGAUACAGUGCCCCUUAAGUAUAAGAAAUGUUGCUAUGGCUACUGCAUUGAUCUUCUGGAAAAGCUAGCAGAGGACCUGAACUUUGACUUUGAUCUCUACAUUGUUGGAGACGGAAAGUAUGGAGCCUGGAAAAAUGGUCACUGGACUGGGCUAGUUGGGGACCUCUUGAGUGGGACAGCCCACAUGGCAGUCACUUCCUUUAGCAUAAACACUGCUCGCAGCCAGGUGAUUGACUUCACCAGCCCCUUCUUCUCCACCAGCUUGGGCAUCUUAGUGAGAACCCGAGACACGGCAGCUCCUAUUGGAGCCUUCAUGUGGCCACUCCACUGGACAAUGUGGCUGGGGAUAUUUGUGGCCCUCCACAUUACCGCCAUAUUCCUCACUCUAUAUGAAUGGAAAAGUCCCUUUGGAAUGACUCCCAAAGGAAGAAAUAGGAGUAAAGUCUUCUCCUUCUCUUCAGCUUUGAAUGUCUGCUAUGCCAUCUUGUUUGGGAGAACUGUGGCCAUCAAACCUCCCAAAUGCUGGACUGGAAGGUUUUUAAUGAAUCUCUGGGCUAUUUUCUGUUUGUUUUGCCUUUCCACAUACACAGCAAAUCUAGCUGCCGUCAUGGUUGGAGAGAAAAUCUAUGAAGAGCUCUCUGGGAUACAUGACCCAAAGCUUCAUCAUCCCUCUCAAGGCUUUCGAUUUGGAACAGUUCGGGAGAGCAGUGCUGAAGAUUAUGUCAAACAAAGCUUCCCGGAGAUGUAUGAAUAUAUGAGAAGGUACAAUGUACCUGCCACCCCAGAUGGAGUGGAGUAUUUGAAGAAUGAUCCAGAGAAGCUGGACGCCUUCAUCAUGGACAAAGCACUCCUUGACUAUGAAGUGUCCAUUGACGCUGACUGCAAACUGCUCACAGUGGGGAAACCAUUUGCCAUUGAAGGCUAUGGCAUUGGCCUGCCUCCAAACUCUCCACUGACCUCAAAUAUAUCAGAACUUAUCAGCCAGUACAAGUCACAUGGAUUUAUGGAUGUGCUUCAUGACAAGUGGUAUAAGGUGGUUCCCUGUGGCAAGAGAAGUUUUGCUGUUACUGAGACUUUGCAAAUGGGUAUUAAGCACUUUUCUGGACUCUUCGUGAUGUUAUGCAUUGGCAUCGGUUUAUCCAUUUUAACUACAAUUGGAGAGCACAUAGUAUAUAGAUUGAUCCUACCACGAAUCAAAAAGAAAUCCAAGCUGAAAUAUUGGCUUCACACCAGUCAGAGAUUACAUAGAGCUCUAAAUACCUCAUUUGUUGAGGAAAAGCAGCAGCUCAAGACAAAGCAAGUGGAAAAAAGGUCCAAUGCAGCCAACAGUCAGCUCAGCGUGUGGAAUACUGCCAGCCUGAGCCACUGCAAUCGGCGGAAAUACACCUAUAGUGAUGAAGGGCAAAGCCACCUGAACAUGCAUCCGCAUCAGGGCAUCUCCCUCCCUAUAGUCAGGAGAGAGAUUCCCACUUCCCUCACCACCAAUGGGAAACCAGACUCUCUAAAUACUGCUAGGACCUCAGUGACCCAGGAACUCACUGAGCUGGAGAAACAGAUUCAGGUGAUCAGGCAAGACCUACGGCUGGCCAUGAACAGGAAGAACCAACUGGAAGAAUAUCAGAGGACAAACAGGACAGUCGAGUCCUAAGUGAUCAUAUCUCUAUCUGUUCUGUCCUGACCUUCCUAUCCUUCCCCCAAGCCUUUCUCUAAUCCCUCUGUAAAAUUUGUAAUGCCCUUUUAUAACUGCUGGCAGUGGUGAAGGAGAGCAAAACAAUAGAUUCUCCUUAGAAGGCAACCUCAAAGUGGCUCAUCAAACUCCAUCCUCCAGGGUGGUAUUCUCAUUCAGAGAAAGAAUCUCUUCUUUCCUCCAAGUGAAUUUUGAAUCAGUCAAGGGCAAUCUUGGACAAAAGGAACUAUGAGUAAAGAAGACCAUACUUAUCUCCUGUUUCCUUCUUCACCUGGUGCCACAUUUCUGGUUUUUAGCCCUUUCUGUGCAUUAAAAAAAAAAAAAAAUGUCGAUCAGACCUGUGUCUCUUACUGGGUUUUGAUGUUUUUUUAUUAGUACGAGCAUACCUCGACUAACAUGACUAAUCAGGUGUAAAAAUGUUAUAGGACACAGGCAGUUUCACAAAUUCAAUGUUUUCAGUAAUCAAUUGGCCUGACAAUGGUACAUCAGGGUUUCAUGAUGCAACAAUGUGGCUACUUUGUUUUUAAUCAAUGUUAUUGCAAAAGUAUUUUGGACAGCGCAAUGUUAAGCGAGGUAUGAUUGUAUAGAAUGGUUACCCAGGAUUAUAUUUUAAUAUUUCUUCAACUUAAUCCAACUCAAAUUUGGGAUGUUUUUUCAGGGGUAGGGUUAAUGAAAGUAGGAUAGUGGGGAAAAAAAAAGACCUGAAUCCUCAAAAAGUUGAGUUUCAGCACAGUAACUAGGUCGAUACUGUUAAGACUCUUAUUAGAGCAAUCUUGCUGAAAAACUAAUGGCAUCAUAUUCUUCAGUCAAACUAAGCUUUCUUUACAAGUGUGUGCCUUUUGUAAGAGACAAACAGAAUGAGAGAAAAGAAGACAGAGAUGAGACCUCUCCGAAGAACAUCUGUGUUUACUAUUUGUAAUAGGAUGUGUGUGACUGUGAAUCCUGUGAAAAUGUUUGUGCAAAUCAUGUGGUGGGUUAAUUCUCAAGUUAGCAACAACCUAUCCUCUGACUGUAGGAAGUCCCAAAAGUGAUCCUCAUGCAUGCAACUGAACCUGCUCCAUCCCAUCCUUCCUUUUUUGUGUAUUAUUGUGAUGUUUACCAAAUGCCCCAGUCACCAAAGGCAUAUUGAAAUAACUCUUGGUUCCUCCGGUUGGUAUUUCUAGUACAUUUAUCACCCCCAUGAAAUUGGAUUUGAGUCAUCUAGUUGUUUCUAUUUAGCACCUCCUAACCCAUCCCCCCCAAUAGCUCUCUGUAGAAGUAAGAUGGGGAGGGAGCCAGAGAAGCUGAAGGAUUUCAGCUACAUGGAGCCCUGAGAGCUCUGAAAACAAGUAUUACUGUCUUUGGGAGAAUUUGCUUACAGUGUCAGCUUCCACAGCCACUAGGGCACCAAAAAAAUGUCACUCAGGAAUACUCUCCUUUAUGUCAAUUAUUCUUUAUUUUUUUCCCCAUUUGUUCCAAUUAAAUCAUUCAUUCAAACCUUUAUUAAGUAUCUGUUAUAGGAAAGAACUGCACUAGGUGCUUAUGGAUAGGUGAGUAAAGUGUUCAUGGUCCCUGCCUUUACAAUCUUACUUUUUUCAGUGCCUCUUAAGUGUCUUGGCACAAUAGCUGGCUACAACCAGUCAACCUGACAAGCAGUUGACCACCUCCACCAAAUAAAUGAAAAGGCUCCUAGCCUCUUACUGUCCCUCACUUUAUACUAUGCCAUCUGAAAUUUCUGCUAGUCAUUCCCCUAAAUGCAAAAACAAGUUUUCUGGAAGUUCCUAUAAUGUGAACGUUAAUUUAAAUACUCCAAGAUGAGUGAUACUUUUAGUCUUGAUAGUGAUGAGUCAAUAGAAAACAAAGCAAAAGAGAAGGGAAAUGGAAAGAGGGACUCAAAACCGUCAAAGGUUUCAACCAGCCCUGCUCUCAGAUUAUCCCCUCAUACAGCUCUAAAGUAAGAAGCCCAGAGUUUGAAGGCACACCUUUAAAACUAUCUCCCAGAAUUUUCUAAUUACAGCCCAGAAUAUUGUAGGGACCGGGUCAUUACCUUCUGUGCACCUCUUAUCCAAAAGGUUAUGUACAGGUAGGUGUACCUCACUUCACAGAAUAGCCAGGUUCUGGAAAAGUUGCUUGUAAAUGGAAAUUUUUGUAAAUCUAAUUAUAUUAUAACUGCAUUUGGGUGGCUAACUACUUAGAAGAACCCAGCAGUCUUUUGUAAAGUGAAGAAUCCUUUUGUAAUGCAAAUAAUUAUCCCCUAAUUUAUUUUUUUUCUAAGUUUUGGGUUUUUUAAUAAUGGAUUUAAUUAAAGCAGGGCACACAUCAAUAUAAGGACAUUUUUGAGGAAUGCUCUUUUGGGUUUCUCUACCUUGUCACAAAAUAGGCAGUAAUUUUUGCCUCACUCUGUCACUCAGUGUCUGUUUUGGACUACUGGAUGAUUAACUAGUUGUCACUGGUGAGCUGGGGUAGAAAUGUAGUUGCCACCUGAGAGUCAGCUGUUGGGAGCUGUCACCAGGUUUAUUGUCAUUGAUGUUGCUUGAAAUUAUUUCAUUUUCUGGAAAAAAAAAAUUUCUUGUGAUGAAAUGAAACUGUUUUCAUGUUAAAUUGUGAUGGUUAUUUUUAUUGCUGGUGGUUGAACAGUGUUUUGCAACUUGUGAAACAGUGUGCUGUGUUUUGUAUAAAAAAAAAAAAAAAAAAAGCUUUCAAGAAAUUAUGAGUUCUUCAAAAUAAUUCAGCUCUGCCCUAUCCUAUUCUUACCUGGCUUUAUGGGAUUAUGCCCUAUGUGUGCUCAAAGAGUGACCUUCAGGUUAGGGAUGGUAUUAUACAAGAAAAAAAAAGAGUUUUCAUCCCUUGGCUGAAUAAGCUCCUGUUUCACAAAUACAAGAUGGUGAAUAAAGAAGGAAAAAUUGGCAGAAAGUUUGAACUCUCUUAUCAAGUCACCUUGGGAAUAACAUUUGACCAUUUUAUAUCUCUACACCUUCAGCUACAAGGAAAAAAUAUCAUUGGCCACCUAAUACCCAACCAUGUUUUGGAAAAAUGUUGGCAAAUUCAAACUCACACAUUGUUAGAAAGGCUCUAAGUGAGUAUCAAGCAUAGUUGUGGCCAUUGAACGUCUAAAUAACAAUCACAGAACAUGCCUAAUAGCCUAAAAGAAAACACCCCCCACAGUUAGGGCAAAUGAUAUAUAAGACGAGCAAGACAACUCUUAAAAGCAUUUCUAGGAUAGUCAAGUGAUGUGACUAUAGUAAUCCAGCAUGGGACUCCACUGGAUUUUUUGAUGUGUUUACAGAACAGUGAUCCUGAAGAUUCUAUAAACAUUCAUCCUCCUUGUUACAUGAAGUUUUGCUGCUGCCCUUCCAAAUAGAGAUACUGGAGGGAUUGAACAAAAGUGAGGAAAAUCAUCUUUCUUUAGAUCAUUAGAACUAAAAUUCAUCCCUAAAUUUAACCUCUGAGAAAAAUCUUCUAAGAACCCAGGAAAUCGAGAAAUCAAAAUUAACAAGGAGUAGAAAGGAUUCCUUCACAAAGUCUCUCUUUCAAGCACAUUGGAAAUUGGCAAGCCAGAAAUCCAUGCAUAAUUUCAAAGGGAGUAUUUCUCUGAUCAUUAAAACCAAAUCUUUAUAUUUUUUGUGUGAUUGAAUGAUAAGCUAUUCAGUCCUUUUUUUCAUCAUCCACCUAAGCCAUAAAUCUACUUCUUCAAAACUAUUUACUGCUAUAACUCAUUGUUUGAUGAAAACAUGAAAAGUAUUUUCACUGAGAAUUAAGUGAAUACUCACUGUAUUUUCUUUGGAAGGCUGAAGAAUUUUUUUCAACGCAUCUUGAUUCUGAAGUAUAUGAAACAGACUGCUCGGCCCCAAGGAAGUAGUGAAAUGUCCUUUGGGCAUAAAGUGAACAGGAUGAUUUGCUCUGGGCAUGUUUCUUGUACAUCGGGUAGAUAGAUAAAAUGUCUUUAGGUCUUUUCCAUCACAAAUUUCUAUGAAUGUGGAAUAAAUGUUUGGAUUGAAACAAAA